AGCACAUCCCAGCGCAUUCCGGCAGGCGGCUGCAGCCCAGGCACCUCCUCUGCGGCAGCCGCGCCUCGCCAGCCGGGGCAGUGCCGCAUCGCCCAAGUGGCCGCUCAUUGCCGCCGCUGCCGGCUGUCCUGUGCCGGCCGUGGGCUGCGUCCCUGCCGCCACCGACCUCGCACGGCUGCAGGCGCCUCAGUGCGCCCAGUGCUCUGCAACCCUGCGGCGGGCGGCAUGGGAUAACGCGGCCAUGGUGCGCCGAGAUCGCCUCCGCAGGAUGAGGGAAUGGUGGGUCCAGGUGGGGCUACUGGCUGUGCCCCUGCUUGCUGCGUACCUGCACAUCCCACCCCCUCAGCUCUCCCCUGCUCUGCACUCAUGGAAGACUUCUGGCAAGUUUUUCACCUACAAGGGACUGCGCAUCUUCUACCAGGACUCUGUGGGUGUAGUUGGCAGUCCUGAGAUAGUUGUGCUUUUACACGGCUUUCCAACUUCCAGCUAUGACUGGUACAAGAUUUGGGAAGGUCUGACCCUGAGAUUUCAUCGAGUAAUUGCCCUUGACUUCUUAGGCUUUGGCUUCAGUGACAAACCGAGACCACACCACUAUUCCAUAUUUGAGCAGGCCAGCAUCGUGGAGGCGCUUUUGCGCCAUCUAGGACUCCAGAACCGCAGGAUCAACCUGUUGUCUCAUGACUAUGGGGACAUUGUUGCUCAGGAGCUGCUGUAUAGGUACAAGCAAAAUCGAUCCGGCCGGCUUACCAUAAAGAGUCUCUGUCUGUCAAAUGGAGGUAUCUUUCCUGAGACUCAUCGUCCUCUCCUUCUCCAAAAGCUACUUAAAGACGGAGGCGUGCUGUCACCCAUCCUCACGAGGUUGAUGAACUUCUUUGUAUUUUCUCGAGGUCUUACCCCCGUCUUUGGACCAUACACUCGACCCUCUGAGAGUGAGCUGUGGGAUAUGUGGGCAGGGAUCCGAAACAAUGAUGGGAACUUGGUCAUUGACAGUCUCUUACAGUACAUCAAUCAGAGGAAGAAGUUUAGAAGACGCUGGGUGGGAGCUCUCGCCUCUGUAACUAUUCCCAUUCAUUUUAUCUAUGGGCCAUUGGAUCCUAUAAAUCCCUAUCCAGAGUUUUUGGAGCUGUACAGGAAAACGCUGCCGCGGUCCACAGUGUCGAUUCUGGAUGACCACAUUAGCCACUACCCACAGCUAGAGGAUCCCAUGGGCUUCUUGAAUGCAUAUAUGGGCUUCAUCAACUCCUUCUGAGCUGGAAAGAGUAGCUUCCCUGUAUUAUCUACCCCACUCCCAUAACUGUUGUGUAUUCCACUUAGGAAGAAAUGCCCAAAAGAGGUCCUGGCAAUCAAACACUAAUUCUCUCACAAAAGUCCACUUUACUCACAUUGUUGGAACAGAAUAUAGAAAAAAGGCAGCAGAAACCAUGACAAAUAGUCCACCUCAUUCCUUUGUCAUCUGAUUAAGUAUAUGGACUUGUCUUUGUGUUAUUAGGAAAUUCUGCUGAGCAUGACUUCUCAUGGAUGCAUAACGAUAGGCAUUAGACAUUCUUUUGCUUAAAAGACUUUUCAACACUUCUGUGGACUUUCCUGAAACAUCUGAAAGUGCUAAUUUUUGGCCCAACCCCAGUUGGAAUUCCACAGUAAAGAAUGAGGAGUGGGGCCUGUUACCUCUCCUUGAAUGGCUGGAAGGGUACAUGGUUUUUAAAGUUCUCUAAGCAACAUAGCUUAAGUGAGAGUGAAUCUCCCUCAUCAUACUUUGGAUUAGUUUCAUCAGCUGCUUCAAAUUAUAGACAUUUUGUUAAAAUAUUUGUUUAAGUAACGCAGUAUUUUAAAGUAUGGCGUAAGAAUAUGAUUUGCCUACACACUGUGUAUAGUUUAUAAGGACACUAAACUGGCAGACCCUUACCCUGCCAUAGUAGUGAAUCUUAUUAAAGGUGUAUUUUUUGAGUAAACUAAACUAAAUCCAAAUUAUUUACAGAAUUUCCUAAAAUCACAGACAUUAAGAACCAAUUGCAUCUGUGCCAGAGAUUUACUGUUAUUAGCUGGAAAGAUCAAUUCUAACAGCAAAUAAUAGUCUGUCUACUCAUACCUCACUGCUUAGAAGCAUGUCCCUCCUGGGUUGAAGUGUAGGGAGGGGACUAUUGUAUACUCCGAGUUACCUUGCUGAAGUACACUGAUUCCUCUUGUGAUGGUUGCUUAGCUUCCCAUUGGCUGUCCCAGAGAGGCUUUCUCAUGCAGCUCAGCAGUUCCUGUACUUAGCAGACAGGAUAGUUCCCAGAUACUUUAAGAACAAAUUCUCAAAGACGUAUGAGCAAAUGGUGCUGAAUAGUUUUUUUAAGCCACAGUUUCAUCAUCUUAGUCAAAGUAGAAUUAUUAAGUGAUUAAUUUUAAAUUCAUUUUUUAAAAAUUAGGAACUUCAAGUAUAACAACUUUGAAACUGGAAUAAGUGUUUAUUUUCUAUUAAUAAAAAUGAAUUGUGACAAAAGUGGAUUCUGGCUUCCCCUCCCCCACCACCCCUUUGGGAUAAAAUUUUCCAUCAUUGCCAGGAGCUUUCACACAUUAAACAAAAGAAUGUAAUGAAGUUAAGCAGCUGGAGUAUAGGAUAGUAUCUGAUUUUCAAGCUCACCCAAAGCUGCACUGUCAUACCAGAGCUGACCAAGUGAGAAAAAGAGAAAGGAGAAAACGAAAACCAAGGAACACCAAAACCCAUGCACAAGGACAGACACUGGCUUAAUCUGCUGGCUCAGGGCCAAAUAGUCUGUUUCUCUAAAGUCAUUAAAUCUUUAAAGUGUGAUUUUAGGAAAUUCAUGCCACUAGCCUAAAAGCUCUCUGACAGUGAAGUACACAUCAACCUCAUCUUGCCCAGUAAGAACUUAUCCAACAGAAGCCAAGAUAACAUCUACAGGUGUUCUCUCUUUGCUUCUGACAGUCACCUGCAUGGUCACUCCAUCUGCUAAGGCCAGCCUGGACCUCACCAAUAAGUCAAAGCCACCUCUGUAUAUACCUGAGAGAAAAAGUGAGGAAAACCAUAUUUAAGAACUCAAGUUCCAAAUAAUGAAAUUUAUCAUGCUCUGCCUGCAUCUCCUUUCUAUUAUUUUAGUUUAGCGUUUCGAGAAAUUUGUGAAGAUUGAAUCCUUCUAUAAAUUCUACUUUUAAAAAAUAUUCCCAUGAGACCAGGCACAUAGAAGGCAUUGAAUAAUAUUGAUUUGGAGUAUUCAGAAGACAGAGGGAGAGGCAGCACUGGUAGCUGUGUGAGAUUUAAGUGUUUUAGGCUGGAUGAACAUCUUAAAAGAACCUAAGAAUGGCAUGCAAAACAAAUUAUUCGUUUUGACUACUUCAAAUUGUUGCUCACAAAAUGGGAUGACAGACAAUAAUAGCCGGGCAUAGGAUGCUCAUCCACAUCCCUUCCUAUUAAAUUUUGCAACAAAAUCUAAGGGAAAUGUGAUCCAAGUCUCUUACCUGCCAGAUACAGUGAGUGGGAAUUCUUGUUCUCAGGUACUUUAUCUGACCUCUCACAUGGCUGCAUGCCCAGAAAUGUGAUGAUGUUGCUGACAGCUUCUGUGUUGAGAAGGUUUAUGCAACAGUAUUAGAAAAGUUCAGCACAGGGAUCUGCCUCUGCACUGGGAUAUCCUGGGAGAUGGGGGUUAAUGGGUGUAGAUGGCAUACAAUGAGGCUACUGGCCUAGAAAACAGCUGACUUAAUUAGAUGAUGAAGACAGGAACCUGGCCUUUUAAUAGAUGAGUUGUGAUGGAUUUAAAGAAAAAGGACUUCUGAAAUAAUACAUGUGACUAUUAGGUUUAUACUGCUAUCAGGCAAUAACACUGGCAACAAAGUUGUUCUCACCUUCAAGGGUUUUUGUGGAGCUGAGGGCAAAGGUUUCCUCCUUCUCAAAGGUAUCUCCCACCUCUUCCCAGGCAGCAGCAAAGUUAGGUUUCAGUACCUUCUGAAUGUGGUCAGAUACAGUCACUUCAAGAUCUUCCAGCUAGAGGUAACAAGCAAGGAUUAGUAUAUAAAAGUCCUUUUGGUACAGAACAAAGAGGGAAGGAACUAAUCAUUUAUCAUUCUGUACUGAAUCCUGCAGAGGCAAGAAAAAACUCUACUACCACAAUAGUUUAAGUUAUGUAGUCUGUAUAAAACUAAUGUUUAGGCCGUAACACAAGAAAGUAAGAAAAUAGAGCAUUUGUCAGGUCAACACUUGCAGUCCAGAGUACACAGUAGUUAUGUUGCCAUACUCAACUAUAUAUUUCAGGUUGUACAGAACCUUCUAAACAUCACAUUCACAAACAGGUAUUUUUUUUCUUUUUUUAAAGUUUUCCCUUCUUUCUGUGAAGGCUUUUCAGUCCCUGAUCUGGCUAUAAGCAAACUAAAAGUGCUGAAACAGAAAUAAUACAACCCACUUUUAAUAAAACUGAUCUCAUAUAUUAUAAUCUCAUGAAAAAUAAUAUAAUUAUUUCCAACUGUUAAUUAUCCCUAAUAUAAGGGGAAAAGGGGUGAGUUUCUUUGUUUUAACUAAUUAUGAAGUGGUCAAUCUCAAUUCUCUUUGCCAUAAUGCAAUCCCAUUAGAGAACAGGAUUAGUCCAGGUCAUCCUCGGUUGUAAUCUGUUUAAUAACAAGAACCCCAUGAGUUCAUGUCAGCUGUUCCUAGAAAAAUGCUCUCAAGGCAGAAGUCACUUAGUGUUAUAAAGGUGUCAAAGCUCUGCAGGGAUGACUCACCACAUACUCAUCAUCAUACCCAUCCUCAUCUGGAACUCCAGUGUUAGGGUCACAGUCCCGGACUGUAAACUUCAUGGUGCAGCUAAAUGUGACUGCAACUGGGAAAGAAAGAGCAGGCAAAACCACAUCAGUGGGUAGAGUGCAAGUCUGAAGUUUCCAUCACUACUUACUAAGUACCAUCCAUGCUCAGUACUGGGUUCCGCAUUUUCAAGUUACACAUCUGCAUGCCCUAUGUUCUAGGAUUAUAGUUCUCAAAGCAGCCUGCAAUGAAAGGGUCCAAAAGGCAGUCUGAGUAUGAUGUUUAAGUCUGUUCUGCACUAUGCAUUAAAAUAGUAAAGAUGACAUGGGCGAACUGUUUUUAUAUUGGUGUGAAGAAAGCAGUAGGGGAAGAAACUUUGGGGUCUUUUUGCCAUGCCUGUAGAAAGGGCCUGUAGGUUGAAAAAUAAAAACAACCAGUGUUCCAGGACCUGACAAAGCAAAAAGUACUGGUGUAAAAAACAUACAAAUCAUCAAAAUAACACUGACCAAGUUCAUCAGAAUCUCACAGAUCACCAGAAUGAACUUGCUUUAAAAGUCAACUUUCAACCUAUAGUUAGUAGGCUAAUAAUUAGGUUCUAGUAUUGAUAAAAUCAAUAUCUUAAAAUGGAAAAGCAAGUGGACAAUUUUAUGUUUGAGAUGACUAGUCGAAAUGAUAAGAAACAGAGUUGUGGGCACAUUUUUGGAAGAUAGUCUUCAGGAAGACAGGAUUGUCUUAAGCUGUUUGAAGGAGGGGAUUUAGCCAGCACGACAUUUAGGCAAAAGUCAUGUAAGCUAAUUCAUGGUCUAGGAAAAAGGCUUACAGAUACAAAAAAUAUUAGAAACUGGAACAUUCGUUUGGGGGAUGGGCAAGGAAAAUAGAUGCAGAUGUAAAUAACAUAAUUGACUGCCAGGGUAGUAAGACUUUCAUCUACACAGUCUUAACUUUAAACUCUAUUCAUUCAUCAGUUUAUCCAUCCAUCCAUCCACCCAACAUAUUGACAUUUACACAUAAAGGUGUAAGCUAAUCUGCCAGAUGCUUAAGACCAAAAGGUGACUGAGGCAUGACCUCUUUAAAAACUGGUUAUAGAGUAGUUAAAUAAGUGUGGUUUGUGGGGGUGUGACUCAUCUAUCUAUAACAUUACAACUUGAUGCCAUAUAUUUUUUGAUGUAAGUUUUAAUAAGUGCUGUUUGAGGUUUCAGGAUUAACAACCUGGGAAAACUGUAAAAAAUAAGAAAGGAUAUAACAGUUCAGCUGGAUCUCAAAACUUGGUAUAAGAACAAAAGUAAAGAAGCCAGAAAGUCCAUGGGUAGUUGGAAACUCUAAGGUAUACUAAUACAUAGGUGCUGAUGAGAUUUUGUUUAGGAACAAGUUGUGAAAUACCUUGUAUUUUAAAUUAUUUUACGAUGGCUCUGAGGCAGUUGAAACUGAAAGAUUAGAGGACAGAUAGGUAAGUGAGUGCUUCAUUCAAACCACUGGUGGAAUCCUAUGAAGAAUGAGUCUGAAUUCAGAGCAGAUGCAUUCAGGAGAAUGCAGAAAACAGAGGAUGGUAGUGGGUUGAUCCAUAUAGGAAGAGUAUACCUAUCAAGACUGCAGAAUCUGUUUCAGUAUUAUAAAGGGAGUGAUGAAAUUCUUGUGACUGUUUAAAUUAAGGUAGGAUUUUCUUCAAGGGGAAGGGGAGAGAAGUGUAUGUUAACACAAACCCAGCACAGGUCAGCUGAGAUAUUAAAAAAAAAAAAAAAAAUGAAAGAGAGAGAUGGGA